AUGUAUUUGGAUGUUGCAGAUUCUUCUACAUUGCCCUAUGGCUGGAGUCGCUAUGCACAAUUCAGCUUGGCUGUGGUGAAUCAAAUUCACAACAAGUACCCAAUCAGAAAAGAUACUCAACACCAGUUCAAUGGAAGGGAGAGUGACUGGGGUUUCACAUCAUUUAUGCCCCUCAGUGAUCUGGUUGUCGAGGUCUCGCAAGAGUCAAACUGGUUCUAA